AUGUUUGCGAAAAAAUGGAAGGCUAAAGUUGAUGAUGAUGACAGGGAAGAGGUUGAGCUUGAGGCUCCCAAUGAUGAUGAUGAUGAAUGGAGAUUUAUAACCAGUCAACUGGAGUUCUCACAACCGGCGGCCACGGCCGUUGUUGGUGACAAGGGCUGGUUCGACAAGAAAAAAUUCAAGCAAGCUGUCAAGUUCCGCGGGCAGGCUCCGGCUCUGUUCAUGUCAACAUCGCAUAUAUUCAGCAAGGCUGACAGGUCGUCUGUCUGCUGUGUACCCACUAACUCCUUUUGUUCUACCCAUCAGAACUAUCAUGUUUGGGUGAAGUCUGAUGUAGAUGGACGACAAAUGUUGGGUGAGACAAACCCUCUGAACUCCAAACCUGGUAGCAUCCGAGGAGACUACUGUAUCGAUAUGGGUAAGAACAUCUGUCACGGCAGCGACUCCGUGGAGAACGCUGAGAAGGAGAUUGCAAUGUGGUUCGGGGAAGGUGAGGUACAGAGCUACGUCCAGUCUAACUCCGUCCACAUCUACGAAUAA